AUGAACGCUCCUCCCAUCAUAGCUCUCACCUCCUUCGCCUCGAACCCACAUCCCCAUCCUCCCAUCACCCAUAAUGUCCACCCACACCGCCAUCACUACUACCGCCCUAGGCGCCCCCUUACUACCACCCUCCUCCAAACGCCCACCCCCUUAGACAACGAAGUCCUAAUCAACAACCUCUACACCGCUUCCACGCCCCUUGACCUCCACCAAGCAGACGGCGGCCUCCUCGUCACCCACCCGCAAGUGCUCGGCGACGGCGUCGCAGGCCGCGUCGUCGCCGUCGGGCCUACUGCCACCCGCCUGAAAGUCGGCGACUACGUCUUCGGCUUCACGUGGCGGACGCAGAAAGAAAAGGCCUUUCAGGAUUUGGUGUGUGCGCCUGAGUUUUUAGUUGCGAGGGUGGUGGACGCUGGGGUUGAAGAGGGAAACGGCGAGGGGCAGGGGAAGGGCGAGGUGCAGGAGGGUAUCAAUGAGCGGUUGAAAGCAUUGGUAACGGUGCCGAAUAAUUUCGUCAGCGCGUGGCAUGCGCUUGUGACGGAUCUGGGGAUCGCGCUGUCAUGGCCGAUACCGAAGUUCGAUGAGAACGAAGAUAGGACCAAGACGAUUCUUGUCUGGGGCGGCAGCGGAAGCGUGGGUCAGUAUGCUCUCCAGAUCCUCAGGGCGUAUGGGUAUCAGAACGUCUACGCGACGGCGUCGAAGCGGAAUGCGGAGCUAGUGAGGGAAUGUGGUGCGAAGGGGGUGUUCGACUACAGUGACCCGCAUGUCGUGGAAGCUAUUGUUAAGGAAUUGGGGACGGUGGAUUUGGUACUCGAUUGUAUCGGCCAUCUCUCCGGCACGCUGGCCCCGAUCUCGCGUAUCGCGAAGGCGGGGGCGAGGGUAGCGGUUAUGUUGCCUGUUAUUGUAAGAGAUGCUGCGGAGGGGGUGAAGCCGGAGUUUGCUAUGGAUCCGUCGAGUGUGGUGCGGUGGGAGGAAGGGGUAGAGGUGAGGGACGUGAGGACGCAUUUUUAUUUGGAGAAUGCGAUGCAUAGGGAAAUGUUGCAGCCGGUGAUUAUGCCGGAAUUGGUGAGGAGGGGGAUUGUGAAGCCGAAUAGGCAGAGAGUUGUGGAGGGGAGGACGAUGGUAGAGAGGGCGGAGAAGGCACUGGGGUUGUUGAGGGGAAAGGGGCUUAGUGGGGAGAGAGCGGUUUGGAAGGUGAGUGAUGUGGAGGCGCGAGAUUUGGGUUGGGACGGUGAGGUAGAUGAAAGAUAG